CCCACCUUAACCAUGUAAAACCCUCCAAUCCCCCAACAACAAUUUCAAACUCCAACCUAAACCCCCCAUUACCCCGCUCUCCUCUUAAAACAAACAAAAACAAAACCCAAAACACACACAAAACACUGUGUGGAAAAAAGAAAAAGAAACACUCACAACAGUCUCUUUCACAACUCUCAAAGAUUCCUCUUUUUCUUAAUCACAAAGCAAAAAAAAGAAUAAAAACUAAAGCCAUUCAAUCAAAAACCCUAAAUCCCCAAAUUUGAAAUAUUCAUUUAUGUCAUCUAAACCUAAUAAUAGCUCUAAUUCCGAUGCAGGAUUUAAUUGCUCAUUUUCAAUGGCAUCAUCAUCCGGGUCAAAACCGGGUUCGGAUAUUCCGGGUCGAUCAUCAAGGAGGAAACCUAGAUUAGUGAAGAUGAGGAAACAAUCGGGGUUUAAUCGGGUUGACCCGGUUUCUAAGAGCUCGGAUCAUAGCAGUGAAGGUAGUAGUAGUAGUACUGGUAAGAGGGCAAUGUUGAACAAAAAUAAUGGAGAAUCUAAUGUGGAGCGAAUGGGGGGCUGUAGAAUUGGAAAAAGUGGUAAUGAGGGUUUUGUUUUUGGUUUGGACUCAAAUUUGGAGAAUUUGGGUUUUGUUUUUGGAGCUAAUAAUACCAGUAGCUUGAAGUUUAACUCGAAGAUGAAGAAUGCUGGUCGACCAAAUAAGAACAGUAGGGCAUCCUAUUUGAAUGUGUCUAAUAAGGAGCCUGACUGUAGUGAGAGCAAUAGUAAUUCGAAGUCGAAAUUGGAAUUUGGACAAAGGAAGUCUAGUGGAAAUGUAGGACAACCACAAGUUGAUGAGGUCAAGAAUUGCUCGAGCGAAUCUCAUAAAAAUGAGCAGUCCAGUACAUUGCAAUCAGAUAAAUUAAAAGCUAACUUUGUGUUUGGUGCUAGUAAACAUAACUUUGACUUAGGGAACAGAGUGUGUAAUAAAGAUGAAGCACACAGGGGAGCAGAGUCUCAGGGUUCAAAAUUCAAUGACACUUCUGUUUUUGGGUAUGGCAUCAAAGGGAAGAACAAAGAGAAUGAAAAUGGAAAAGUUGCUGAAGAUGUGGAGAAUUUUGAUAGGGAAAAGACCCACAAUCAGAAUGGUUGUUGGAAUGCCCAAAAAAGUGGCUUGGAGGCUGAUGGGAAGCUCAAGUUUGCUUCAAGUAGUAGGAAUACUGUAGACACUGAUUUACCAAAAAACCCCAUUUUUAAACUCUCUGAUGAGAUGAGUUCAUUGAACAUUGGCCAUUCAGCACCAGUUAGUGGUGCUGAGAAGACCAACAAUAUAAAUGAGAACUCACGUGUCAACAUCCAGAAUGUAUUUGUGUUUGGAUUUAACCAAAAUACUUCGAACGUUUCAACUGAAAGCGGUGCUUGUAAUUCUUGUGAUCAGCCGAUGGAUGUCAAUGUAAACGAUCCUGGUAGUAGCUCUGGUUUUGAUAAAGCUGAUACAAUUGAUGGAGCACCAAAUGCCAGGAAAGCUUGUGCAUCUGAAAUUGAUGAAAAUUUUGUUAGUUCAUUAAAGGGAAGUAAGGAGAAAAGAAUGCCUGGAGAAACAGUGCAUACUAAUGCCAAGUUUGGUCUUUCCAGUGAGCAAAUAAAUUCAUUUAGCUUCUCUGCAGGAACCUCUGGGAAAGAAAAUCAGCCAAUAAAUUUUAACAGUGAGACUGGUGCCUCGAGUGAAUUGCUGCAGAAUAAUCUAAAUAGUAACAUGGAGAGGGAUAAGAUGCCGUUUCCAUUAUUUACACCAGAGAGUUUUGGAUCCCAGCAGAAAGUUGACACCCCCGAAGAACCUUCCGGCCUUCAAGCUGAGAAGAAGGAUGAAUUCAGCUUUUCAAGCACACCAUUUACACCUGGGAAGCCCUUUUUUGAUUUUAGUGCAUCUAAUUCAAAUAAAUCGUUUUCUUUUACUGCUAAUUCAUUUUCCGGAGUAAAUGAAAAGUUGGGUUGUGGAACAAGUAGCAGAUUGAGGGACAAAAAAGUGAAAAAGAAGAAGUCAUUGAGGCAAGAAACCUUGGUACAACGGUUAGCUGCUGAUUUGUCUAACGAAAACAGUUCCACGCACAAUAAUGGGUCUCCUGGAUGUGGUUCACCUAUGGAUUUUUCACCAUAUCAGGAUACAAAGUCUUCUACAUCUGCUGAUAAUUCUACCGGGGCAACUGAAACCAAGGAGGAUGUGGUUGCUGCCAAAGACACACCUGUUUUCAAUGACUCUCAGAAGAAAUGUGGAGAAGGAAAUGAGAAAUUUUCUGGGACUGAUUCUGGAACGGACUCUGAUACUCGGAGAGAUUUUAGUUCCUAUACUUCACCCUCUGCAAAAGAUGGGUUAUCAUCCAUAAGGCGCCAAUAUAGGAAAAAAUACAAAUUGAAAGUUGACAGUGGUUCAAACAACUUAAAUUACAGAAAAGUCGAGUUCUCCUCCGAUGCAGCUCAACAUUCUUCCUUUGGUUGUAAAAGUUCAGCAGACGUCCCAAGUGGAGUUACAUCUCAUAUGAGAAAUAAAGGUAUACAUGUAUCUAAAGCUGAUGAAGACCAUGGGAUGCUGGGGCUCACUGACCGUGAAGCCAGUGAAAAGUGGCGGAUCAGGGGAAACCAAGCCUAUAAGGCUGGAAAUCUUUCGCAAGCUGAGGAUUUAUACACCAAGGGUAUUAAAUCAGUCUGUGCUACAGAAAUUUCAGGCUCUUGCCUGGAGCCUGUUUUGUUAUGCUACAGCAACCGAGCUGCCACACGAAUGUCGCUGAGAAGGAUGAGGGAAGCCAUCAGUGAUUGUGCAUCUGCAGCUGCCUUAGACCCUCACUUUCUUAAAGUAAAGCUACGAGCAGCAAAUUGUUAUCUGCUUCUUGGUGAGGUUGAAGAAGCAAUUAAGUAUUACAACAAUUGCUUGGAAUCAAGAAUUAAUUUGUGCCUGGAUAGGAGAAUUACAAUUGAUGCAGCAGAAGGCUUGCGAAAAGCACAGAAAGUAUCUGAACAUAUGCAUCGGUGUGCUGAACUUUUGCAACAAAGAACUGCAGAUGCAGCAAAAAAUGCACUUGGAAUUACCAAUGAAGCCUUGUCUAUCAGCUGCUAUUCAGAAAAGUUACUUGAAAUGAAAGGAGAGGCUCUUUGCAAGCUGCAGAUGUAUAAUGAAGUGAUUGAGCUGUGCGAAAAUUCUCUUGAUAUUGCUGAAAAGAACUUUACUUCUGACUUUGCAAACUUAGAUGAUCUCAAUAGCAAAAGCUCCUCUUUGAGGCUUUGGAGAUGGCACCUUAAGUCCAGGUCGCACUUCCAUCUUGGAAAGCUUGAGAUGGCCCUUGACUUAAUUGAGAAACAAGAGCAAAUGGUUUCUGUUGGGAAAAGAUCUGAAAACAUGACCCAGGAAUCAUCUUCUCUAGCAGCCACUAUUCGUGAACUUUUGCAUCGCAAGAAAGCCGGAAACGAGGCAUUUAAGUCUGGAAAAUAUAUGGAAGCUAUUGAACAUUAUACUGCAGCUAUAUCCAGCAGUGUUGAGUCGCGUCCUUUUGCAGCUAUCUGUUUCUGCAAUCGAGCUGCUGCUCACCAAGCUCUUGGUCAAAUUGUUGACGCCAUUGCAGAUUGCAGUCUUGCCAUUGCUCUUGACAAGAACUACACAAAGGCUGUUUCAAGGAGGGCUACCUUACAUGAGAUGAUAAGGGACUAUGGGCAUGCUGUAAAUGAUCUUGAGAGGCUCAUAUACCUUCAGGAAACUCAAUCACAACAAAGGACUCAACGAUCUGAGGCGCUAGAUAAGUCAAAUGGAAGCAGUGCUAAAGACGCAAAGCGAACUCGUCGGCAGCUUUCGUCAAUUCAAGAGAAGGCCAAAAAAGGAACGUCAUUGGAUCUUUAUCUUAUUUUGGGAAUCAAGUCAUCUGAUACAGAAUCUGACAUCAAGAAGGCAUAUAGGAAAGCAGCCCUCAGACAUCAUCCUGACAAGGCGGGUCAAAUUUUGGCAAGGAGUGAUGCUGCGGAUGAUGGAGGCUUGUGGAAAGAGAUCUCUGAGACCAUUCGCAAUGAUGCUGAUAGGCUAUUCAAGUUGAUUGGGGAAGCAUAUGCUGUUCUCUCAAAUUCCGACAAGCGUGCAAAUCAUGAUUUAGAAGAGGAAAUGAGGGAUGUUCAAAGGGAAAGCACGAGAAACAGCGGUUCUUGCAGACCAUCUGAUUCUUACUCUUCUCCAUUUGAGAGGACCAACUGGUCUAGAAGACAGUCUAACUUUUACAGUUCUCCAUUUGGUAAAAGCAGUACUAGGCACUAUGGGCAGGAGUAUUGGAGAACCUAUGGAGAAUCACAUCCCCGAUGGUAAAAGAUAUGCAUCUCUACAUAUCUGUAGAAUUAGAGAUGGUGCCUGCCGCCCUGUACAAAGGGAGCUUUUAUUAGUUCAGCACCUGCUUGUCCAGUGGAGCUGUCGGAGGAUAAUUGGCACUAAGAGCCAUAUAUUUAUGAAGUCGAAGUCAAUAUUUGCUUGGAAAGGUCAUUAAAGAAGUUGCAAAGCCAUGCUUUUGGUUGGAACUCUGUAGUAAACACAUCUGCAAUGUUGCAAAGCACUUCUGCAGGACAUUCAGUGACUCCGGUCAAAGAGGAAAUGCCUAUUUCCUUGAACCUGUUAUUUGAUAUCGUGGGGUUAGUUGUGGUAAGAGGUCUGCAGGCCGUGUAGUAUUUAAUGUUAUCUGUGAUUACGUUGUUCUAAUAAUCCUCAAAUGACACUGUUUGUCUGUUCAACCGAAGUUUCAACUGGUUGAUAUUGAGAAUAAUGGUCACACCAUCAACUUGCAGGAGUAGCUGGCUUUUGUGGUGCCCAGAAAUGUUCAAACAGGAGAUUAUUUUUUGCGUAAAUGUCACUUGCUGCAUGCCAUGCAGCAAUUAUUUCUGAUGUAUAUCUUUUUGUAAUUAUACUACACAUUCUGGUCAGUGGUUAAUUUAGAAAAAAUCCAUUUUUUCAA